UCAAAUCCAUUUGUUUNUUUUUUUUUUUUUUUUUUUUUUUGUUUUUUGAAAUUGAGUUUAGGCCUUCUGUCCUUCUCUGUCCCUCUCUGUAAGAGCUUUUGCUUCGGCGGGAUAUGGCUAUGGCGGUGCUGCUGUAGGUGGAAGAAAGCGAAGUGAUUAUUGACGCCGUUGCCGUCGCCUCCGCCGGCGUCUCUGAACUUUGACCGACGCCUUAAACUUGGAAUUUCUCGUUUCAAAUACUUGACGAUAUUUUAGGCUGGGAGCGGUGGUGGAAGAAUUGGUGGAGUUUGCUUUUGAGAUCUAAGGUGUUGUGAGUGGAGAUCGUCAGUUCUUGGAAGUUGUUGAUGAAGCAGUGUCUCUAAUUAUUGCGUUAUUCUCGGAUUCAAAUACUUCGGGAAUGUGCACAGUGGAAUGCCUCUCAAUUCUGAUUUCUAGGUUUCCUUCGCGUUCUGAUGCUGUUGUUGGUCUAAAUUCCUGAUUAUACAUGCCAUGACUACCAAACGGGCGUACAAGCUACAAGAAUUUGUGGCACAUUCUUCCACUGUCAAUUGCCUGAAGAUUGGAAAGAAGUCAUCCCGUGUUCUUGUCACAGGUGGGGAAGACUUCAAAGUCAAUCUCUGGGCUAUUGGUAAACCCAACGCCAUACUGAGUUUGACUGGCCAUACAAGCGGAAUAGACUCUGUAAGCUUUGACUCAUCAGAAGUGUUGGUAGCUGCAGGGGCAGCUAGUGGAACCAUCAAGCUUUGGGAUUUGGAGGAGGCUAAAAUUGUUCGAACACUUACGGGGCAUAGAUCGAAUUGCAUUUCUGUGGAUUUUCAUCCCUUUGGGGAAUUCUUUGCUUCUGGGUCCUCGGAUACGAAUCUUAAGAUAUGGGAUAUCAGAAAGAAAGGGUGUAUCCACACAUACAAAGGACACACUCGAGGAGUCAAUGCAAUCAGAUUUACUCCCGAUGGCCGUUGGGUUGUAUCUGGUGGAGAAGACAACACGGUGAAGCUCUGGGAUUUAACGGCUGGAAAGUUGUUGCAUGAUUUCAAGUCCCACGAGGGUCCGAUUCAGUGUAUAGACUUUCACCCUCAUGAAUUUUUGCUGGCAACAGGUUCAGCAGAUAAAGCGGUUAAAUUUUGGGACCUAGAAACCUUUGAGUUGAUUGGUUCAGCUGGACCUGAGACCACUGGUGUCCGUUGUUUAACUUUUAAUCCUGAUGGGAGGACACUGCUUUGCGGAUUGCAUGAAAAUUUGAAGGUUUUCUCAUGGGAACCAAUAAGAUGUCAUGACAGUGUGGAAGUCGGUUGGUCCAGGCUGUCCGAUCUUACUGUUCAUGAGGGGAAACUUCUUGGCUGUUCAUACAAUCAGAGCUGUGUUGGAGUGUGGGUUGUAGACAUUACGCGCACAGAACCCUAUGCAAUUAAUAAUGUUAACAGACUAAAUGGUCGAUUAGAGCCUAAAUCCAGCAGUAAUCUACCACUGCAAAAUGAAAGCAAUGCCAAGGCUGGUUUUGGUGGAUUGUCAGUAUCACAAACUUCUGAACCACAACUGAAGGAAACCAAAACAUCGGGAAGGUUGUCAGUUUCACAAAAUUUAGACGUUGUCAAGGAUCCAAAAUCUUUGUCAUCCACAGGAAAUGGACCAAGUACUCCUCAGAGGAUCAAUUCAAAUGCUGGCCCAAAGACUAAUUCGGUUAGCUUAGUAACAGUACCUAGUGCAGUGGUACCAAAGAGAAACUCUGUGAAGGUUACUUCAGCAUUCAACAACCCAAUCUUCAAUAAAUCAGACGUGAUACCUGUAAUUGUACCCAGGACAAGUUCAAGGCACGAGCACGACGAUUCUAGAAAGGAUUUUGAUGUUGCUGGAAGAGCAGUGGCAGUACCCAGGACACAUUCAAGGCACGAGCAGGAUGAUUGUAGAAAAGAAUUUGAUGUUUCUGGAAGAACAACACCACUACCCAGGACAAAUUCAAGGAAUGAGCAGGAUGAUUCUAGAAAGGAAUUUGAUGGUGCUGGAAGAGCAGUUCGAGUACCAUUGCUAUCGAAAACUACUGAUAAUAGGAGGUUUCCAAAUGGUAGAGACGAAGUGGAUAACCCAAUUAUCUCCGUCCUUUCUGAAUCCAGAGGUUUGAAGGCCAAUGAUAUGGGCACCAUUGCAGAUAAUAGGAAUUCCUUGCAUGAUGAAUCUCGAGGGCGUAAACUAAGCCGGGACACAUCUUUUCCUGAAGCGACAAAAGGAGGGAGAAUACGUUCUCAUGUAGAUUGGGAGAAAAGAGAGAGAUCUAAUUUUAGCCGGUUGACAUACAAUGCCUCCGCUGGAAGAGCAGCUGCACUGGAAAAUCUUCCAUUAAAUAACGGGAGAGAUUAUCAUCGAUCUCCCGAGAAAGAAACAGUAGCACCUGCAAGCGAUGAGCAUACCAUAGAAAAUGUUCUACAACAACAUGAUCAGUUUGUCAACUCGAUGCAAUCUCGGUCAGCAAAAUUACAAGCGGUGUAUAGAUAUUGGGAAAGGCAUGACAUCAAAGGGGCUGUUUCUGCAAUGGAAAAAAUGGCCGAUCAUGCGGUUGCUGCGGAUGUAAUUAGUAUUUUGACAAAUAGAAUUGAAGUUGUCACUCUGGAUAUCUGCAGUUGUAUUCUCCCACUUCUUUCUGGCCUCCUUGAAAGUGACUUGGACAGGUUUUUAGACAUUUCUAUGGAAAUGCUAGUGAAGCUGGUGAGGACGUUUGGUUCAGUGAUCUAUUCAACGUUAUCGGCAACAUCAUCUGUUGGCGUGAACAUUGAGGCGGAGCAAAGGUUGGAGCGGUGUAAUAUCUGCUUCAUCGAGCUUGAAAAAGUCAAGCGCUGCCUGCCAGCUCUCAUAAGAAAAAGGGGAUCGGUAGCAAAGUCAGCACAGGAGUUGAAUCUUGCACUGCAGGAGUUUCAAUGAUUGUGGGGAUUGAAAGUAUAGUACUAAGUAAAAAGGAAAGUAGAGGCAGUAUAUUGACGACGCGAGACUGACUAAUUCUGCACAUACCUCGAAACAUACACAAAAAAGAAGGGCUAACUGUGUAGCAGCAGGGAAUUGAGUGAGUUGCCAUUACCACCCUGACCUGACCUGACUGACCCUUUCUUUCUUAUGGCUAACCCUCCUACCACCCUCCCUUUUCCCCUGAAUGUUGUACACCAUUAUUACCACUUUGUUUCUGAAUAUUAUCAAAACUACUCGUUGUCUUUGGUUCUUUCUUGUAAUAUCACACACAUCCAAUUCAUUAUAUUUUAAACUUAUUUCUGCUGCU